UCGAAACAUCCUACCAUAAAAGAGCAAAAUGCCUAACACCAAAGAACCAGUUGGAAUCGAGUCGCUUCCCAUGGAAGUAUAUGACCUCAUAACACUCAAAGCCAACAGACGUUAUGGAGACGAUAGAUACCACUGGCGAUCUGAAAGCGCUGAAAAUAGAAUAAAGAGACUCAAGACCCUGCGCUUGGUAAAUCGGCGCUUUUACCAUAGUGCCAGUCGCUUGUUGUUUCGCCGUAUCUCUACAGAUCUGACCUCUCGCGGAACUGAAGAAGGCAUUCCCAUAAAGAGGCUCCAUUCCCUCUGUCACAGCCCACAUGCUGACCAUGUUCAAACGCUUUUUAUUGUACUACCGGGAUUCUCGCGUUCAAAUGACACAGUCAAGAGAUACACGGAAGAGUUCAAGGAAUGGUUUCCACGAUGUUUGGGCAAGCUUACCCGCCUGAAAACCCUGGAGUUCGACAUUGAAUAUGCCUACUGGAAGGAGGCCAAGGGUCAUUCGGAUGUUCCUACUGCGAUAUGGAGAUCACUUGCAGAUGCAAUGUUCACAUGCUUGCGGGAUGCAAGACUAGAAAACCUGCAGAAUCUUCAAAUAAAGCUCCCCAAUGAGUCUACCUACUGCCUUGGCUCACAGAGCCGAUUACCCGCAACUCUGAUGCCGUCGCAAAAUUCCAUGUCGAACCUGUCCUCUCUGCACAUCGACCAUCAGACCAUGGAGCCUGGUAUAUAUUAUCAGGCCGAUGUUCUUCGUCUUGUCGGCCUUGUUAAAAGUCUACAUACGUUGGAGAUCACCGGUUCACAGGCGCUAUUUGCUGAUAUCGCGCCGGUCGAUCUGUUGAUCUCCCCAAACAUGAACCUGCGUGUUUUAAAGAUUAUGUGUGUGACUUUUCCUUUCCGAAUACUACUCUCUCUUCUCCAGAAUAACAAGCAAACCCUUGAAAAAAUCGUUUUGAAUGGCGUUGACCUUCACGACGGCCGAUGGAAAGACAUUCUGAAGGAAAUCUGCCAGCUUCCUUCAGUUCACCAUGUCGGACUCUGUUCUUGCAACUAUUCAAGAACUGGCCAGAGCUCUUUUCUCAGACGCUCCUCUCGUUUCUACGAGUGUGAUGUAGUGAGGACGGGUGAGAUCAGAUCCUUGAGUGCCGCAGAUAUUCUCGCUAUCCAUCCGGUUCGGCAUCAUCUUAAUCGAAACAGAGAGAAGAUUGGUCUCGAGAGGAUUAGACCGAUAAAGACGAAAUGGGUGGCUGGACAGUGCAAGUAUAAGUUUCUGGGAAGGUUUGACUAUGGUGCCUGAGUGGCUUGAGUAUUCGGCCUGGUUUGUGGUAUAUAUAGGUCUUGCUAGUUGUGUCUGGGAUAUAUCAUUAAUUGAAGUAUUAU